GGCGAGGCACCUGGGAUCGUGUCCCUGUAACAACUACCACUCUAAAAUAAGGGGGGUGGACAUCAGUAUAUAGAGCAGUGGUUUGGAUUUUUUGAGUUUUGUUUUUACAAACCAGACAUAGUGGUGAGUGGUAAACGUUGAAGAUGGUAGGACUACAACUUUCAUUAGUGAUUUGCCUUUAUUUCAUAGACACUGUUCAAAGCACGGGGCCUUAUUGCGCUGCUCACCCGGACCUUUACUAUGCAAAUGUGAAUGGACUUAUAGCUGGUGGAUAUGAUAAUACAGUCAUUGGAGAUCAAUCCCUGUGUUCAAAAGACGUGUCAACUCUGAGGUACCGCGAGGUUGAUGGAAGAUGCAAUCACCCCAAGGAUUACGGUAGCACUGUGAAACCCUUGAAACGUUAUUUGAAGCCCCACUACCAGGAUGAUAAAGGUAUGAACACACCUCGUAUCUACAGUGUUGUCGGUAAGGAGUAUCUACCUUCACCACGCUUGAUCAGCUUGAAGCUUUUCCCUGAUGUCAUGAAAGAGAGCGAUCUGUCUAUGUUCACUAUGCAGUUUGGUCAGUUUGUAAGUCAUGACAUUGGUGUUUCCCCAGUUCCUACUGGCUCCAACGGAACAAUCAAGUGUUGCGGAGUUUCUGCUAAACAAAUGAGCAAAGAAUGCUUCCCAAUUCCCAUUCCUAAGGAAGAUUCAAGAUUUGAAUAUUGCAUGGAGUUCGUUCGAUCAGAAGCAGCCAAAGAUGAGUAUGGAAAUCAAAUGUAUCCAAGAGAACAAAUCAAUGCCCUGACUUCCUUCAUUGAUGGAUCCAACAUUUAUGGGUCUGACAUUAUAACUACCCAAAGACUUAGAACUGAAAAUGGCAAAGGAAUACUGCUGUCGACCACUAUAGUCAACGGCAAAGAACGUCUUCCGAAUGAUACGUCUUCCAAAGCAGCGUGUGUCAGGACCACAAGCCCAACAUCUUACUGUCAGCUUUCAGGUGAUAAACGCGUAAAUCAGCAGCCAGUGCUUGGCACUCAGCAUCUCACUUUUCAUCUCUACCACAACGAACUGGCCAGAAGAAUAGUUGAAGGCAUCAUAGUCAAGAAGACUGGAGUUAAACCCACGCCCGAACAGGUGGAGAAGUACAUCGCAACUGCUCCCGAUAAUGUUAAAGAAAUCCUCUUCCAGGAAGUCAAAAGGAUAAAUAAUGCCAUCUUUCAGAGGAUUGCUGUUUGUGAUUAUCUCCCAUUCGUCAUCGGACGUAGUUACAUGGAGAUGUAUAAACUAACCUGUACCAAAAGAAGUAGAUAUAAUCCAUACGUAGACCCAAGGCUCGCCAACGGUUUUAUUGCUGCCGCCUACAGAUUUGGGCAUACACUUAUCCCGAACUCUUACCCAAUCAAAGGCGUCCCAGAAUUCUUUAAAGACGAGUUCUUUACUCCAGACUCUUCUAUUGACAGCCACGAAGAAAUUAUUGAGGGAAUGUUGACCGUCUCCAACGAGGUCCGUUUUGACAGACAUUUUGCAAAGGCCAUCACAGAACACUUGUUUGAGAACAAUCAAGGCGCCAAGAAUGCCCUUGACCUUGCCUCACUGAACAUCCAGAGAGGACGUGACCAUGGAAUCCCAGGCCACUACUUCUGGAGGAUGAGAUACAAUCUAAGCGCGAUGAACGAUUUUGAUGACUAUGGUGAAGAAUGCGGACCUGUUCUGAAAAAGUUGUACAAGAGCGUCUAUGAUAUAGACCUUUACGCUGGCGGUAUCUGCGAGCCUGCCGUGCCUGGUGGCGCUGUAGGGGAUACUUUUGCUAACAUAAUCGCUAACCAGUUUGCUGACCUCAAGUAUGGAGAUCGUUGGUUCUUCACCCACAGACAAAAGCCACAAGGGUUUAAUGAUGCCCAGCUGGAAGCCAUCUUGAACGUGCAUGCUAACACUCUUCUUUGCUACAGUGGUAAGCUGCCACACAUUCAGAGAAAUACCUGGUUGAAAGUCUCUGACAAGAAUCCCAUAGUUCCCUGUUCCCAGUUCGAACAUCUCGAUGUUGACCCAUUCGUUGAAGAGAUCCUCAGUGAGGGCUACAUCCAGUGAGGCUCGAGUUGCUCAGAUAUGAUGUUAUCUUUUAGGUCAACUCAUUGAACAAUAAAACAAUAAGGUCACCAGAAAACCAAUUGGCUAAGGUUCUUUUCUCUUUGUUGUGUAACUUAUUAUCUUUGUUUACGUGUUACUACACAAAGUACGUCUAUGGCAAGUUUUUUUUUGUUUUAUAUUUAUUGAUGUCACUGUUAUUAUUAUUUAUAUUAUUUACAAGAUUUUAAUACAUCAAGGGUUAAAAUUGUCAGCUUCGAAGGUAUCUCAACUUAAUGCACAGUAACUCUGCUACAAACUAGAACUGUUCUAAUUGUGCCUGAUUUUUUUUUUAAAUUAAAAUUUUGGUAAAGAUU